CACAGCACAGCACUCGGUGCGCAAGCGUAUUGCCGGCUGUCAGCCUUCGGUAGUGCGCAGGUGGAAUCCCGGUCGCCGGCUGGAGGCGGCGGCGGUGAGUGCGCAGCCGCGCUGCCGGUUGUCUGGCCAGUGGUGGCGGCGGCGCGGUACUGGAGUCUCCUGUUUCUGGGACAGGGUGGAGGAGGCGGAGUCCGUGCGGCGGAUCAGGUGUUGACCAACUGAGCUUACAGAGUGUUAAAUCAAGUAUUACUGAAAAAUUUGGAGUAAAUCCUAUCCUGCUGAUUGGUCUCCAACUGCUUGAUCAAGCUAUCAUUUUUGACCUUGUGCCUUUAGGUGGUGCUGUGGGUAAUUAUUUUGGAUCCUUGAGGUGACUGUCAAGAUGUUGUCCUCCUCAAGCAGAAUUUCAGCCUUUGAAACUAGACAUCCUUUGGAAACAGAUGCUCAAGAAACUGGAAUAGAUCCCUUACAAAAUGAACUGGUAAAAGAUGAUGACAGUGGUGAGAAUAAUGAAAACAAGGAAACCAAAAUGCUUUCAGAAUUGGACAAUGGGAAAUACAGCUCCUAUAGCAAAGAGUGGGAAGACCUGUUUGAACACAGUAAUUACUUUGCAAGAAUAAGACUGAAGGGGAUUAAUGGACAGCUGAGAAGCAGCCGAUUUCGCAGCGUUUGUUGGAAGCUGUUCUUGGAAGCUUUGCCUGAGGAUAAAAAGCAGUGGCUUAAUAAAACAGCAGAAUUAAGAUCUCACUAUGAGCAGAUAAAAGAAAUUCAUAUAACAAACCCUCGGAAAGCUGCUGGACAGCAAGAUCUAAUUGUCAAUAACCCACUUUCACAGGAUGAAGGGAGUCUUUGGAACAAGUUUUUUCAGGAUAAAGAACUUCGAGCAAUGAUUCAACAAGAUGUGACAAGAACGUUUCCUGAAAUGCAGUAUUUCCAACAGGAAAGUGUGAGGCAGAUCUUGACAGAUAUCCUGUUUUGUUAUGCGAGAGAAAAUGAGCAGCUGCUUUACAAGCAGGGUAUGCACGAAUUACUGGCUCCUCUCAUCUUCAUUCUGCACUGUGAUCACCAAGCCUUUUUACAUGCAAGUGAAACGGCAAAUCCAAGUGAGGAAAUGAAAGCUCUCCUGAACCCUGAAUUCUUGGAACAUGAUGCUUAUGCAAUGUUUUCACAACUUAUGGACACUGCAGAACCAUGGUUUUCAAGUUUUGAAAGAGAAAUAAGAAAGGGUAAAGAAGAGAUGGUCACAGCUGUACCAUUUGCAAGACCUCAGGAUCUGGGACCAUCGCUUGCUAUAGUUUCUAAAGUGAAUCGCAUUCAAGAUCAGUUAUUAAAAAAAUAUGACACGGAGCUUUACAUGCACCUUAAUCGACUAGAAAUAGCUCCUCAGAUUUAUGGAAUACGAUGGGUCAGACUCUUGUUUGGACGAGAAUUUCCUCUUCAGGAUCUCUUGGUGAUCUGGGAUACAUUAUUUGCUGACAGUGUCACCCUGGAUUUAGUUGAUUAUAUUUUUCUAGCAAUGAUGUUAUACAUAAGGGAUGUCUUAAUUGCCAGUAACUAUCAGACUUGCCUUGGAUUGCUUCUCCAUUAUCCUUCUGUAGAAGAUGUACAUUCUUUAAUCCAGAAGGCACUCUUUUUAAGAGAUCCAAAGAACAACCCAAGACCAAUGAAUUACCAGUUCCAACAGAAUCUAGAUUACUACAGGGCACGUGGUGCUGAAAUUAUGAACAAGACACGUGCUGGGGCAAAGGUUGCUCCUCUCAACAUCAAUAAGGUGUCCAGCAGCUUAAUGAACCUUGGACGGAAGCUGAUAAAUCCAGCUAUCUUAGUCGGUGGUACCAGUAGCUUUCAAAACGUUGGGACAAACUACAGCAGCAAUCCUUCACCCCAGCCAUCUUCCCAAAAAGUAAUGGUGGAACACACCCAGCAUCAUCAGCAACAACGAAUGAUGAAAUCUGAAAGCAUGCCUGUACAACUCAGCAAAGGACAGAUAGUUACAGGAGAUGAUGCUAAGGCUUGUAUCCCUGUCAAGACUAUUACUGAACUUCCAGGUCACGGUGCCAGUCAUGUUAGUUCCUCACCUAGUACUGAGAGUCUGCUCACUGCAAAAGAUAACACAGCAUCCCCUCCACAUUCUACUGCUAAAAAGGAUUCAUUCUUUAGUACAAUCUCUCGUUCACGAUCGCAUAGUAAAACUAUGGGUGGCCGAAAAGAUGUGGAGGAUGAAUUGGAGACCCAGGUCUCUUUUCUGCAAGGACAGCUGAAUGACCUCGAGGCAAUGUGCAAAUUCUGUGCCAAGAUGAUGAAUACGCACAUAUGCAAAAUACAAGAUGUGAUUCUAAAAGAAAAUCUUGAAAAGGAAGAUGAAGUCCUGGUAUCACUGGCUGGACUCAAGCAGAUUAAAGACAUUCUGAAAGGUUCCCUGCGUUUUAACCAAAGCCAGCUGGAGGCAGAGGAAAAUGAAGAGAUUACAAUAGCAGAUAACCAUUACUGUUCCAAUAAUCGAGCAGAGGGUGAAAGCAUAAAGCUACCGCCAGCUGACAGGGAGAUGCAGGCAACAGUGAAAACUGAAGAGGUCACAUCGCUGACUUCUCUGAAUUCAGAUGGUAGAAAUUCAGAUGACUACAUCUUGGUCUCGAAUGAAGAUGAUGACUUGAUACGUGAGCACUCAUCCAAGAAAUCAGAAGCAACAGCAGCCACAUCAGUGAAACAUCAAAUCUUACAAGCAUCCGAUGCCACUCAUGCAACUGGAAAAGAAACACAGCAAUCUUCAGUUUUUUCUGAUCCUCUGACAGGUGGAUUUCUAGGCCUACCAUCCAGUAACUCAGAAUCCAGUCCUGAUGAUGACAGCAGCAACAGCAAGGAUUCUGAUUUCACAAUCGUCAGCCCUCUGGACAUCUGAAAGGUUUCCAGUCAGGUGUGCUCUCCACAUUGAAACAAAAUCAUUUAUCUGCACACGAAUGAAAUUCCUUAUGGAUUGAUUAACAAGUAAAACUUCUCUCCCUCUGCUUGAAAGUGGUAUAAGGUUUAUAUAUAUCCCUGUUUAAUAAAGAAUAUUGGAAUGUAAUAAUGAUGGGUCAUAGACAUCGAAUGUAAUUCCUUAUCCUUUGACUAGCUCACUGCUAUACCAUUCAUCAGGUAUCUUUGGUCUUCUCUCCCAAGCAUUUGGUAUGCCUUGUAAGUGGGGUUUUCUUAUGAUGAUCAAGAUCAAUGCAGAAAUCUGUCUUAGAGAUUGUGCUUGCUUCACUGCACUGCAUCCCCAAUCUCACCCAGACAGACAUAGGACUAAAGGACUUGUAUUAUUUAAACAAAAUAUACUGAUUUCAGACAAUGAAAUUAUAUGGAUACUUUAAUAACAAAUAUAGGGAUAAAGAAGUUAUUGAUUAUUAAUGGUAUCUCCCACAACUUUGCGAUGGCAUUUUGAAAUGCAGGAGGAAGUACAAGUAUCUAAUCCUUCUAACUAUUGUGGAAGCACUGGACCUUUUUAGUCCUUGGAUCCUUACUUUUGUAAUGGAAAUGCAAUACCUCCUAUCCAUCUGAUAAUUAUUAUACACGAGAUCACUAAUGCUGUUUUAUUAAUCUGCCAAUUUGAUUCAGAGUCUGGGGCUUUAGAACCUUUAUGCUAAUUGCUGUUUGAUUGCAUCAUCAAAAAAAAAUCACAGAAAUGUGUUUACAUUGUGCUUCCAAUUUUACAAUAUAGCAAUGAUAUCUUUAUUCAAAUACUGUCUCAUGUAUGUACUCUAGCCUUGGAGCAUUUUGCAAAGCUAGGCACUGGGAGCUUCAUAAAAAUCAAGUCAAUAUUGCUGAAUAGUUGUUCUAAAAAGUAGCUGCCUGCAUAUUUGAUACUGUUUCUACUAUAAGAGCCUCCUACAUUCUACCAAGUAAUUGCUGUAAUAGAGAUUUUGCUCCCAUUGGUGGUAUUUGUUUCUACAAGUUAUUGCUGCAAUGUUUAAUUCUGGAUGUGGUUUACAAAGAAUAUGUAAUAUGUAACUGAGAAAAAUCACUGGAAAGCAUUGUACCAACAUUUACUGUUGUGUUUUUAUGAAAUAUCUCAUUUAACCUUUUAAUACAAGACCUCAAAUCUUCAGAGACCCACCCAGAAAAUAAUUAGAAUGUACUGUGUACCAAGUGCCACAUCCAAAUUAUGUGCUUAUUGAAGUAUUGAUUUAUUACAUAGAAAGCAAUGUUAUUAAACACAAUUGUCAGUAUAAAAGAUUUUUUUUACAGAAUAGACUUACAGGACUCUGUAUUGUACAAAGGAUAAAAUCAUUUGCACAACCUGUAAUUUAUUUUGAACUACACAAAUUGCUGAAGAUAAUUUUGUCCAGAAACACGAUGAGGAUUCUAAUGGCACUGAACUUGCUUAAUGAACUUAAAUAUUACAAGCCUAAAAUAAUUAAUAAAAUGACCAACAGACCAUACUCUGUGACUUGUUUCACCGGGCUGGUUUAAAA